AUGGAGUAUUGCCCCUUCGGAUGUCUGGAGAAGUAUCUGAGGGUGAAUCGACCGUACUUCAUCAAUCAGAUCGAUCCCGAAACUGGCAUUUUCGAUUCCGACAUUGGGAGUCAACGGCCUCCUACUGGUGACUCUGCUUACGAUGGUGCUACUCCAGGGGGUCAGAGACGGGGAACUCGAGGAAGAGCACAAUCCAAGAAAUGGCGCGCCGACUACGAACACAAGUCGGGAGUCUUCAAGAGGCAGCGAUCUCACCAAGCAAUUCACAACUACCAAUCUGGUCUCUUGGGCCUACCAGAUAGCUCAAGGCAUGGAGUUCUUGGGUUCCCGAAGGGUGAGAGGUGA